GAGUCAGCAGAACUUUGCACAGAUCUGCUGAGUCAUGUUGAGCUCGUUCCUUUCAUUCCAGCCUGUCUUCCUGUAAAGAGCCACUGCAGUCAUGGUGCUGAAGAUCUUCUUCCCACAGUGCUGCAACCGGGCCGACAGCGGGAUCCUGCUGGGCCGCUGGCUGACGGGUCAGGACUCGGCCGUGGUUCUGGCAGUGAUCCACUACCCGUUCAUCCCGGGUCAGGUGAAGCAGUACAUUCAGCAGCAGGAAGUCUUUAGAACAGCUGCAUGUGUCCAGCUGCAGGCUGUCAGCGGGGUGGACCUGACCGUCCUGGGCUCCUGGACCUUACCCUCAGAGGGACAGCAGGACCUGGACCGCUUCAUCACAGACCUGAGCUCCAUCUUCCCCCAGAGACCCUGGAUCCAAAUCAGCCGCCAGCUGGACCGGACCGGUUUCAGCUGCCAGGUGCUGGUCCCAGAUCAGA